GUUUUAAUUUUCGUUAUGCAUCAAAAUGGAUGCAUGGAAAUCGCUCUUACAGAAUGUUAACAAAAGCAUUUGGACUGAGAUUAAUUAUUGUCGUUAGUGGUGAAGCAAGUAAAUUUGAUCUAUUAAGAUUUACAUUAAAUAUUGGAUCAGUAAUUGGAAUACUGGGUUUAGCUACCGUUAUUUAUGAUGCUGCUGCCGUUUACUUCGGACAACCGGGAGACAUGCUUAAACAAGAAAAAUUUCAAUUCGUUAAUUUGAAAAAACAGAUGGAAGAAGGAGGUAUUAGAAACACGGUCAGUAUAAUGUCAUCAAUAAUGGAACUAAAAUAA